UUGGGUCCUUCACGUCGCACCUCAUGCCUCUGUGGCCACAGUCUCGUCCAGUUUUCUGUGGGUAACCGAACUUUAAAACACAUUUUUGAGAGAUGGACACUGAAAAAACUCCACCUGUAGACGUUGAAGUGAGCACGGAGAAUAAAGAUGGAGCAGAGGCGUUUACGAAGGUGAAAUCUAAAAAGACCCAGAAACGUAAACGUGAGCAGAGCGGAGUGGACAUGGACACGGAGGAGAGCGUGGCCAUCAAACGGCCGCAGUUUCCACCGAUCUCCGGAGACAAGUUACGGGGUCCAGAUGAGAUGCGUAAAAUUGCAGUUCCAGCUCACAGAUACACCCCAUUGAAGGAAAACUGGCUGAAGAUUUUCACUCCCAUCGUAGAAAACCUACAGCUUCAAGUACGAUUCAACCUCAAAACCAGGAAUGUGGAAAUCAAAACGUGCAAAGAAACGCAGGAUAUCGGCGCCCUCACAAAAGCAGCAGAUUUUGUUAAAGCAUUCGUUCUAGGAUUCCAGGUCGAAGAUGCCAUGGCUCUCAUCAGAUUAGAUGAGCUUUUCCUUGAAAGCUUUGAUGUCACAGACGUAAAACCACUGAAAGGCGACCACUUAUCGAGGGCCAUCGGAAGAAUAGCAGGGAAGGGAGGAAAAACUAAAUUCACCAUUGAGAAUGUGACAAAGACUCGUAUUGUUCUCGCAGAGACGAAAAUCCACAUUUUGGGUUCUUUUCAGAAUAUCAAGAUGGCCCGAACAGCAAUAUGUAACCUGAUUUUAGGAAGUCCACCAUCAAAGGUUUAUGGUAACAUCAGAGUGGUGGCCAGCAGGACUGCGGAGAGAUUCUGAAACUGAUUGGCUUCUCCGGAGUUUCUCUGCUCCCUUCCUGGAACUGAGGUCAUGGACUGCAAUUUGGGGCAGAACCUUCAUGUCUUUCUGAUCAACUGUCUGACAUGCAUGUUGUAGUUUAUGAACACAGUACUGCAAAGUGGGUAACAGAAAGUAUGAGUUAUAUAAAUAAAAAUGAAAAAACAA